AUGCUGCUUACAAAAGAGCUGAACAGUUGCACCCGACAACAGCUCUUCUUCUUCUUCUUGAAGCCUUCUUCGUCAAUUUUGAAGCCAGGCUCUGGGCCAGUUUCAGUGCCCUUUGGCACAAUCGUGCACCACGAUGUGGAACUUGCCGUGAUUCUUGGAAAAGACUUGAGAAACCAGCCGAAGGAUUUUUCGCCUGAAGAUGCGCUGGAGGAAAUUGAUGGAUAUGCACUUUCGAUCGACACGAUUGCGUGGAACGGUUUGCCGUGGUUAAUUGGGAAAGGGUUCGACACCUUUUUGCCUUGGUCGGAAUUUAUCCCCAAGGAGAAUAUCCCAGAUCCCUACAACGUGCGAUUGUAUCAUAAAGUUAACGAAGAGACCAAGCAGGAUGACAUAGCUAGCCUGAUGAUCUUUGCAAUUCACAAGAUUUUGAAGAAGGGUGACUUGAUAUUCACAGGAACAUCUAAGGGCGUGGGGCCCGUGAAGCCCAGAGACCACAUUACUGCAUCAUCGGGGGACCCCAAAAAUUGCUAGUAUUGAAGUAGACGCCCAAGAGAAAUAUGGCCCAUACUAUUUCAAGGAGACAUAUGAGCUUUUAACGGGACCGUAUGCAGAGAAUAGAGAGUGUCAUGCUUGCAACGGAUCUUCUCGUACAAGACAGGCGAUGAGGACGUUGUCAACAGAACAGUAUACUAGAGCGUAUCAUCUUUAUGUUUUUGAUAGCUAAUCAUCGCACGAAUUAGCCCAG